AUGCUUGUACCGGUCAAGGCGCCAGCCCUUGACAUGGUUGAGUGUAUAACGUCCCGGUUUGCUUUCGUUGAGUCAGGCAAGCCUAUUCCGUCAUACAGCUUCGGAAGCUUCGGUGGCGAGGACCGUAUCAAGAAAAUGAAUCAGAGAUGGGCAAAGCCGAAGAACCCCUUUGGCGGUGAGCCUUAUGCUAUGCACGCAACGUCACCAGCCGAGAGAACCAGUAAGGCCGGUCCUGAGCGUUUUCAGCACACGUUAAAUUGUUGA